AUGUCUAAUAAUACACCCUUUUAAGUAUAUCUUAGAGUAAAGCCCUUGUUAGAUAAUAAUCAGGACAGUCUUAUUUAAGAGUUGGAUGAAAAGAGAAUAGUAAUUACCAAAUAGGGUAGAAACAAUAAAGAGUUUCAUUUUGACCGUAUAUUCAAUAACGAAAAUAAUGCUUAGAUCUUUUCUGAGAUUCUCUAACAUAAUAUCAAUUAUUUCCUUGAAGGCUAUAAUACAACGAUUUUGGCUUAUGGUAUAACAGGGUCAGGGAAAACACACACUAUUUUUGGCAAUGAGAAAGACGAGGGACUUGCAUUCUAAUGUUUAAAUUAUUUAGUUGAAAAAACAAAUGCUUACCCAAAUGCAUUGGUGGAGGUGAGUUUUAUUGAGAUAUACAAUGAAACUAUAAGGGAUCUCUUAAAUACUAAUCAAAAAUCAUUAGUAAUUAUGCAGGAUAGUUAAAGAGGAUAAUAUAUAUCUGGAGUAUAGUAAAUGGUUUGUAAGAAUUGCGAAGAAGUGAAAGAGGUCUUGAACCUUGGCAAUCAAAAUAGAAGUCUGGCCCAAACUAUAUACAAUGUCUCAUCUUCUAGAUCCCACGCUGUGAUUCAGGUAAACCUAUCCUAUAAGAUUGAUAAUUAAAUUCUAACUCCCAAAUUGUUUAUUGUAGAUUUGGCAGGCUCUGAAAAAGUCUACUUAGAAUAGAAAUCAAAAAACCAGUAAGAAGGUUCUAAUAUCAACAAAUCAUUGUUGGCCUUGAGUCAUUGUCUAACAAUGCUCUCAGAUAAAACAAAGAAAAAUUAACACAUUCCAUAUAGAAAUUCCAAGCUUACCAGACUCUUACAGGACUCUUUGGGGGGAAACACUAAAACUAUAAUGAUAGCAUGUGUAUAAUAGAAUAAGCAAUCCUACGAUGAGAUUCUGAAUACAUUGACUUAUUCUUAAAGAGCUACUUAAAUCAAGAGACAGGUUCAAAAAGAGGUCACAUCAAUUCAACAGAAUUCAAAAUCAGAAGAUCUGUCUCCCACUAAUGAAUCUUAACAUUCAGGAGAUACUUCCUCUAAAUCAAUUUAUUUAACUAAAAUUUACAAUGAUAUCUACUAAAAUGUUGAAGAAUAUUACGAGAUUAACAAUUCAAUUAUGGAAAUUUAAUCGUAAAUUCAAGCAAAUUCCUUAAAAAUUGAAGAAACACAAGAAACUAAAUAGGAGGAUGAAAAUUAUAUGAAAUUGUUGGCUGCACAAAAAGAAAAUCAAAUAAUUGAAAAACAACUAUAGAAUGCACUCAAAACCAAUCUAUAAUAAAAAAAUAUUCUAAAGUCGUUACUUCUUUAGAUUACAGAAGAGUAAUAAUCAACUAUAAAUUAUUGGAAGUAAAGAUUUGCAGAUCUUUCCAAAUAAAUACUAGACAUGAAAUCUGAUCAAGAGAAAUCACAAUAAGAAUUAGUUUCAAAGGAUUUAAUCAUAGCUUAAUAAAAAACGAUUAUAGAAUCCAUUAAAUUACAAAAAAAUUAAUCAUAAUAUACUACAAGUGGAGAUUCAGAUCAAUCAUAUCCUAUUUCAUUUUCAUCUUCUACUAAUAAUUCCUAAAUUAAGAAGAAGGCAUCGAUAACAUAAUAACCUGCUGAGGACAGACCAAGAUUUGCUAAUAUUUCUCACAUUAAGUAGAGAUUAUCUCCAAGAGAGAGAUCUCCUGCAAGUAGUAUUUUUGGAACUUCACCAGUUAGAUCGCCUUUAAAACAUCAUUCAAUAUAUAGAAAUCUAAAUUCCAUUUCAAAAGAUGAUUCAAGAGAGUUAUCAAAAGAUCUAUCAAAUCUUAGUAUUCAUAAAAAGUCACGAGUUGUGGAUCCCUAGGUAACAACAAUAAAUUUAUAUGGAACUACUUACAUCAAUGUAAUAGAUUAAAAAGAAAAUAACUGAAAAUAUUAUUUAUCUCAUCUAUGAAUGUUUAAUUUAAUUUAAAAAUUAUAAAACUA